AGAGGUAGAUAUUUAUGUCAAUCACUGUAAUUGGUUAAGUUGUUCAUUCUACCUGCAGAAGAAAUUUAAUACAAUAUAUUUCGAAUGGCUUCUCCAAGAGGAAUUUUUGAGAUCGGAAGGCUGGCACCACGGUCGCCUCAAAUUGUUCAAAAUAUAAGAUUUACAAGUAGUCCAAAAUCACCUCUCCGGAACAAUUUGAGCACAGACUGUGUGGAAGCGAAAAUAAAUACGAAACCAUGUACAUUGUCGCUAGUCAAUGUCGAUACUCCAAACCGAAAGAAAAUUUUAAACACUGGGCUUACCCACUGUACAAGAAAGAUUCUCGGCAGUGGUGGAUUUGGAACCGUGAUUCAAGCAUCUUACAAAGGUGAUCAGGUAGCUGCGAAAAUACUUAGAAGAAGGAAAGACAGUGAUAACUCCGUGAUAUCAGAGAAACAUGCCACCACUUUGAGACAUGCUAAUGUCAUCAGGAUACUGGGCAUUGAACAGGGAGAAGUUUUCUCAAUGAUCACUAUGGAAUUGUGUGGUAAAUCUCUGCAAGAAAGGCUGGAUGAGGGACCAUUGAACUGUCAAGAGCGAUUAAAUAUCUUCAAGGCAAUUACUUUCGCUAUUCAAUUCUGUCACCGAGCUGGCGUGGUUCAUGCUGAUGUGAAGCCAAAAAAUAUUCUCAUGGCCGCAGAUGGCAAUCCAAAAUUAGCAGAUUUUGGUAGCUCCGUUCUUUUGGGGGAAGAAGACACAUAUACAGGAAUUCGAGGUACACCUGGUUAUGUAGCCCCAGAAGUAAUCAGAGGGGAAUUACCCUCUCCACCUUCAGACAUAUAUUCCCUGGGAAUUUUGGCCUGGCAAAUGCUAAGCAGGACUUUGCCAUUCGCUGACCUCCAUCCUCACGCUAUUUUGUAUCUCACUGGGAAAGGUAUAAAACCGGAGGAUUCAAUGCUGGAUGAUAAUUUAGGUGGCAAGUAUAAAGCGUUGUAUUCAAAGAUGUGGUCAUUUGAAAAAACAGAUAGACCCAGUAUAGAUGGAGUUGCAACGGAGCUUUGA